ACACCUCACACAUUCCUUUCCCAUGAUAAUACCAGCUGAAUGAAACACUGCACAUUGCUUUCCCAUGAUAAUACCAGCUGAAUGAAACCUCACACAUUCCUUUCCCAUGAUAAUACCAGCUGAAUGAAACCACACACAUUCCUUUCCCAAGAUAAUCUUAGCUGAUUGUAACUCUGCACAUACCUUUCUCAAGAUAAUACCAGUUGAAUGAAACCUCACACAUUCCUUUUCCAUGAUAAUACCAGCUGAUUGAAACCCUGCACAUUCCUUUCAUGUGAUAAUACCAACUGAUUGAAACCACACAUUUCUUUCCCAUGAUAAUACCAGUCAUAAAAACAAGGCCCAUCAUACUUGAAUUAAAUGUAUUUAUUACUAUUUUAGGUACACAAACACAGCAGACAUUCCAAGGGUAAGAACCUCUAGCUAUGGCAGCAGCUCUUUGUUUCACAGUGACCAAUUUUUGUUGGAACUCUCUGCCACAACAUUUUAGGGAAGAAACCAAUUUAACCAGUUCAAAAGUUUGGUUAAUGUCUGGAGCAGAGAGGGCUGCACAUGCACUGCCUGUUCUAGCUACUGAUUUGCUGCUUUAUGCUAUUUUGCUUGUUUUCUAUGUGCUUGGUUGCUUUAUGCUUUGUUGCUUUCUUUUAUAUGUGCUUAGUUCAUAAUUAUGCUUUUUUCUUUUUUUUUCUUGUUUUAUAUGUGUGUGCAUGUAUAUGCAUUGCUUUCAUGUGUGCUUUUGUAUUGCUUGUAGGUAGCUGCUUCCAGAAAUUAUCUUUUAUUCUAUGUCUUUUAUGUUGUUUUAACAUGUUGUCAUAUUUUAUGCAAGUUAAUUUAUUCAUGUCUUAACCAGUGAUUUGGUUGCUUUCUGUUUUGUUGUUAUUUAUAACUUCAGGUUUAAUUUUGAUGAAUGUGAGCAUGUAACAGUGCAGUUUUGUCUAACAGUCAGCAUGACUUAACUACAUGUACUCCCAUUUAAGCAAAAUGGAAGAUUUCAGCUGCAUAAACUGCAAGUUCCAGACAACAAACUUUGGCGAUAUCAUUUUUCACAAUUUGGAAACCCAUGACUUCAAAAUUAUUCCAAAAGAUUUAAAACUCUCGAAAAGGACUUUAAUUUCAAAAAAUGACACAAAAACAGUGAGAGUUUCAAGGCUAGAAGACGUUUCGCCAAUUAAAAAAGCUCCCAAACCAGAAACACCAGUGAAAGGUGCUCACAAAUUGCUGGAAGAAUCUGAGAAUAUUGAGAGUUCAGAUGAAGAUGAAGAUACUAUGCAGCUUACUUUCCAAAAUAUGACUUUGCUAGAAUCCACAUCUUCAGUGCAAACAGACCCUUGCUUUGUCCUGAGCACAGACUCAUGCGAAGAAUGUGAUAUGUUCACAAAUGAAAAUAUUAUUCAACCGAUCCUUGAUGUUUUAGACUACCUUAAAUCAGAAAAUCAAAUGGAAAUUUACAUAAAAUUUACAACAUUACUCGUGGAACGGAAGAUUCCUUUAUCGAAUAUUGCUUUUUUGUUAUUUGCUGAUGUGGUAGAAUGGUUUUCCGUGGACAGUACCCGAAACGUGAGAUACUCAGAAGAAGUGAAAACAUUUUGGUGGAUUGGAUUAAAACUGUUCUAAUGAAAGUUCCUCAGGUUUAUGUCAGGAUGGAAAAACCGGGGUCAGGAACUAAAGGGUGAUAUCAGACCAGAAGAUUCUGUCAUUAAUUUUGCUGUGCCAUCACUGACUUGUCUAGAAGAAUCUCAUUUGGCUGAAAAACAAUCAAAUGCUGGCCAGAGUUAUGGGCCUUGAUGGGAAGAUACUGUUGAAGUCGAAGAAAUGUGCAAAGUUUCAACCAAAUACCUUCAGUUUUCUUGGAGAUAUAAAGUUUCAUGCAAAACAUUAAGCAAAGCAUUACGCUGACGUCGACACCAACGAUGAUGCAUGAACAUGAUAUGGAAUGACAGGAAUAGGUGGAACACAUGUAAAUAGGAAGGAUACAUUUAAAUAUAAACCAGUGGGAAAACUCCUUCUUUUGGUCGAGAUAAAGAUAGUGGAUGUAGACACAGGCAAGACUUGUGGUGUAGAUGAGGAAGGGGGAAUUUGGAUCAGAUGACCUCAGGUUUGUCUUGGCUAUUUCAGUGCACCUGAAGAAAAUAAAAACUUCUUCACCGAAGAUGGCUGGGUCAAAACUGAGCAAGAUGUCAGAUGAUUGGUCAGCAGUGAAUAAGAAGCUUAGAGAGCAUGGUCUGACCCCUGUAAAGUUGCAGCAUCCAGCUGAUAUACAUCAUACCUCAGGAUCUAUGGUUUGUCUAGACAGUAACAAUAAUAAGAUGGUGAGAGAGAACUUCCCAUCACUGAUGGCAGACUGCGAUCACAGACAGACCCUUGUACAGGACCUCAUCACCAAGAAUAACCAACUCAAGGAAGAAUUGGACAGGCAGACAGAGCUUACAGAAAAAUACUUUAGUAAAAUGAAGGACCUGAAAUCAUGUUAGAAAGUUCAAGAGCAAGGGUGAAGGAACUGGAGUCAGCCGAUCCUGCCAGAUCUCAGACAGAUGAUGUUUGGGACAUUAAUGAGCGUGUCAACAACACAAGGAUGCAGUAGUAGCCAAAACUAAAGAUCUAGAAUAUUAAUGUAAACAACAAGAAAAAGAGCUAGACAGAUUAAAAGAUAAACUACGUAAUAGAGCUCUAUGUCUCUUCAGGAGGAACGACGGAAUAAGACAGUGACAGAAGUGUUUCAAGAGUUCCGACGGAGAACUGCGAGGGCUUACCAUACCAUGGAUGAUAAACUGUUAGAUAUAAUUGACACAUAUGAACGACAGUUACAGAAUUUGCAAAAAGAUUUGGAAAUGUAUAGAUCUGUUGGAGAUGUAGACAGAUCAGAAGGUUCUGAAGAAGAUGAGAAUUCCUCUUUCUAUUCCAUACCUAAGGAACAGGAGACUUCCGGCAACUUUAAAUCAUUAAUCAGGGCCUAUGAGAGGCAAAUUAAAGAAUUGAACAAACAAGUAAAGAAACUGGAGAAGGAGAAAGAACUCAUCAAGCUUGAUGUUGGUGCAAGCAUACCUGGAGAAAAGUUAAAGACAGAUCCUUACAGAUUGAAAAGAAAGUUCAGUACAAGGUUGGAAGACCUGGAUUACCUUCCAGUGGAUCUUUGUCAUCAAUAUCUCAAGAAUGUAUAGUAACAGGAGAAGGAUCUUGCGAUAAAGAAAUGUGGUGCCAAGAACUAAUUAAUGAUAAAACUGUUGCUUGUAUACAGUGAUACUGAGGAACAACAACAACAGCCUGAUUUACAAAACAGUGUGAGGAAGCAACUAGAGA